CCUGGGCAUGCAUCUUUUUGACUUAAAUUCAUAGCACACAUCACAGGAAGCUGCAUCCAUCUGACCCAGAAAACAUAAAUCAAUGCUUUAGGUGAAAAUAGGGCAGUUUGUUAUUUAUUUUUUUGUUUAAAUUGAGGACGAAAAGGUUUUUUUUUUCUUUUCUUCUUUAACACACUGCUGCAUCCCAGGAUUUAACCAUCAAAUGAACUCUGGAGCUUGUUGAUUUCCCUCCAAAAGAGAUGACAGACUUGUUAAAUUGAAGGCAAUUUCUUCCCAUUUUUUUCUUCUCCUCUUCUUCUUUUUUCCGCCUCCUCGUGCUCGGCUGCAUCAGGAGGUCUGCUGUUAUUAAAAAAAAAGGGAAAAAAAACGCCUGUCAAGCCCACAGUGGCCACUUUACUAUCAGUUAGGGAGGUCAGACAGGAGGGAGACACACAGCGAACCCGUUGUGCAAAGACACCAGAGCAGGCAGAUUGAUUGGAGCACCAGGCCUGGACUGACAAAAGCAGACUGCAGUGUGUCGUGGUCGAGUCGGUCGGCCGGGUCGCUGCUGCUGCUGCUGCUGCUGUGGGAGACUUCCUGGGCUUCUUGAGCGGCUCUGAAGGAUGACUGCCGCACGGCUCGCUGCUGAAUCCCGGUGAACGAACGGCGUCUCAUGUCCAAACGGCGGAAGGAUGGCUCAUGGCAAAGUGACCAUCACGGUGGACGAGUACAGCUCCAACCCCACGCAGGCCUUCACACACUACAACAUCAACCAGAGCCGCUUCCAACCUCCACACGUCCACAUGGUGGACCCGAUCCCCUACGACACUCCCAAACCAGCAGGACACACCCGGUUUGUGUGCGUUUCGGACACACACUCGCGUACAGAUGGCAUCCAGAUGCCCUACGGCGAUGUGCUGCUGCACAUGGGCGACUUCACCGAGCUGGGCCUGCCCUCCGAGGUUAAGAAGUUCAACGACUGGCUAGGUGGCCUCCCGUACGAGUUUAAGGUGGUGAUCGCCGGGAACCACGAGCUGACCUUCGAUAAGGACUUUAUGGCCGAGCUGGUUAAGCAGGAUUACUACCGAUUCCCCUCAGUCUCCAAACUCAAACCUGAGGACUUUGACAAUGUCCAGUCGCUGCUCACAAACUGUGUGUACCUGCAGGAUUCGGACGUCACCAUAAAAGGAUUUCGGAUAUACGGGACGCCAUGGACUCCGUGGUUUAACGGCUGGGGGUUCAACCUGCCUCGGGGUCAGUCACUGCUGGAUAAAUGGAACCUCGUCCCCGAAGGCAUCGAUAUCCUGAUGACCCACGGACCGCCGCUCGGUUUUCGAGACUGGGUUCCUAAAGAGCUGCAGCGGGUCGGAUGUGUAGAGCUGCUCAACACGGUCCAGAAGAGGGUUCGACCCAAACUUCACGCCUUCGGAGGCAUACAUGAAGGGUACGGGAUCAUGACAGACGGCUACACGACGUUCAUCAACGCGUCGACCUGCACUGUCAGCUUCCAGCCCACCAACCCUCCCAUCGUGUUCGACCUGCCCAACCCGUCCAGCUCCUGAGACCAGAGGACCAGGGGGCUGGGAGGGUCACGGGGUGGAUAAACUACUUCUUUUUUCUAUAAAUGUCAAGUUAAAAACAAAUAAAAAUAAACAAUUCCAAGGCCGUUUCUCAAUACCAAGUAGUACGGACUUGCAAGUACAGACUCGGCAGUACGGAUCCCUGAGAAUGCAUCACGGUUAAUUGGAACACCGGUGUACUUGACGUCACCACCUCCUCUCAUCUACUCAGAUUAGGUUUUAAUAUAAAAACAGGUAAUGGCUACAAUACUGUUCAAAUGCUUGGGGUCACUUAGAAAUGUUCUUGUUUGAAAGAAAAGCAGCUUUUUUUUCAGUGAAGAUAACAAUCAGAAAUCCAGUCUAGACAUUGUUAAUGUGGUAAGUGACUAUUCUAGCUGGAAACAGUUGAUUUUCAAUAGAAUAUCUCCAUAGGGGUACAGAGGAACAUUUCCAGAAACCAUCACUCCUGUGUUCUAAUGCUACAUUGUGUUAACUAAUCAGUCCCUCCAGGAUUUUGCGGGCAUUUUUCGUGAUUGUUGCGGCCGAAAAUGCCUGAGUUUGCGGCAGCUUUUCUAAAAAAUUGCGAUAAAUGUUGCGAUGUUUUAAGCUUAUUUAUUGUGAUAAAAUUGCGGGAGACAGUGACAAUUGCUAAAAAGCUGCAUUUUUUUUCCAGCUUGUAGAACAUGUUUCAACACUGUAAUUGACAAUAUUUAUUCUGAAAUUAUUUAACGUUCUGACCCAUUUCCACAAAAGCUGGUGCACUAUGGUGGGACAUUAGCAGCAGCCAGAUACUGGUUUAAUAUGCAGGGGGCGACAGGAAUUGAUGGGACUCAGAAACACCCCCACAAUUUAAUCAGUUGUUCCUUGUGCCAUUUCCGAUACGUCCACAGUGGUAGAUUUGUUGUAGGACCACAAUGAUGUGAUCGUCAGCAAGCCACUGAGGUAGCGUUCACUUGUUGCCAUGGUUACCGUGCCGCUAUCAGACACCGUGCCGCUACCUCAAUGGGAAAUCCUGAACAAAUCCGUGGAUCCAAACUUUAAGCCGUACCACUGCCGAAGUCUAAUCAUUUGGUCCUUGUGUCAUUUCUGACCGACCCUGAAAACUUCAUUUAAAUCCCUGAGUCUGUUUUUGAGUGAUGUUUGUAACAGGAAGGAUUCACACACACUGAUCGUCACAUGACUCCGCCGUGUUCUUUGGUGGAAUAAUUAAUCUAAUUUACCUUCUUUCUUUCAGUGCUCUAACGGAUCUGGAUGCAACAGUUUCCAUCAUGGUGAUUUGUCUGGUCUGUUGUCUGAUCAUUUCAGCCGUUCUAAUACGUUUCAUGUUUAAAAAAGUGUGUAUCAAUCGUUUUUUUUUUUUUUUUUUUAAAAUAUUCCACCAAAGUAUUGCACGGGUGUAAAACAGUUUAGCUCCGCUUUGGUGAAGAACAUCAGUGAAUUGUUUAUCACGGUCUUCAGCAGUAAUUUUUGUUGGUAAAUGAGAGACAUUAGUAUCGCACGUCUGCAUCUUCAAACCAUAAACAAGGAAGUGAAUUCGGUGACAUACGCGCAUUACGUUUUCGCUGGGAGCUGCUAUGAUUGGUUGAACUCACGGGUGGCGGGCCAAAAUUGCGGGAAAGUUGCGGUGAUUGGACAAAAUUGCAAGGCCGCGCAAAAUUCGCGGAGAUUGGUUGAUUUCGCGUGAAAUUGCGCGAUCGCAACAUCGCAGAUUCCUGGAGGGACUGGCUAAUGGUGUUGAAAGGCUCAUUGAUGAUUAGAAAAUACUUGUGCAAUUAUUUUAGCACAUGAAUAAAAGUGUUAGUUUUCAUGGAAAACAUGAAAUUGCCUGGGUGACCCCAAACUUUUGAACAGUCGUGUGUGUAUAUAAUAUUAAACCUUGUCGAUUAUACCACAUAAUGAAGGACUGUUUUCUAGGACGUGUUUUAUCUGAAAAAGGAAUGGAUGGGUUUACACUUAAUAUUAACAUUGCUAAAAAUACAUUAGUCUACAUUCUACAUACACAGCUGCUGUUUGUCCACAAACAUCCAGAGGUUUAUAUUCUGACUGGUGCACAAACAUCAAAACACUUUACAUCAAUACUUCACUGUAUGCUCUGAACAUCAGUCUUUAAUGACAGAGUAUUUCACUUAGAACCUGAACACAGGUGAGCUCUUCUUCUGCCUGUCGGGUAGUUAAGCAGAAACCUUUUCAAACAGAAACAGCAUCUGACCUAACAGGUUACGGGUUAGUGGAAAAUUAAGUUCUGGCUUCAACAAUUCAUAUCAGCCAGGCACCAAGUUAGCUCAAUUGUUUGAGCAGGUGACCUAUAAACAGAGGCUGUCGUCCCCAAUGCAGCGGCCCUGGGUUUGAGUCUGACCCAUGGCCAUUUGCUGCAUGUCUUUCCCCCACUUUUCCUGUCUCUUUCUCUGCUUUCAACUAUCUUAAAAGCUAUAAAGCCCCCUAAAGAAAACCAUUCAUGUCAGACAAUUUAUUUUUUGAAUAGAGUUGAAAAAUACUUAAUUGCAAAAAAAAUGCUUAAAUACAUGGACACACAGACGAGACAGUAAUUCAGAAGUACAAAGUCAGGGAUCGAGUACAUUAAAUAACAAUAUCAAGCUAUGAACAUUAACUUCUUUCAAACUGAUUUUCCUGUCAAUGCUUGAAAAAAUUAUACUGAGGCUAAAGUGUGACCGUAAGAUAAGACUACUUGUAUCUCUGUUUAACCACAUUAGAACCAUCAGAGUCCACAAAAGUCCGAUCCUGAUGCAUCCUCGAUAAUGUGGGCGGAGCGAGAACACAUCCGAGUAUUUCAUCCUUACUUUGAAUUGGGUCAGAACUUGGUCUCCAACUGAUGACAUUACACAAGUCCGCAAGUACAUAUAUUGAGAAACGGCCUAAGUGUUUCUUUGCAAAACUUUUGGUCUUCUCUAUAAGCUGUUGUUGGGAAGACUUGAGGCUCGUCUCAUUUUCACCGACUGUGCAUCCUCGGUUCCCCGACAAAAUGAGGUUCCUCCGCCUCAGAGCAGUUGGUUUAAAGCAAUUAAACUUUAGGGAGGACAAGAGAGCCAGGAAUUAUUGAAAUGAGACGAGCUUUGGAGACGUCGGGUUGGGUUAUUCGUCUGGGAGCGUUAAAGGAGAAUACCGGUGUUAUUUUUCUAGUGGUUUUUUUUUUUCAAGCUUGUGCCAACAGUCCUGCUCCUGAUUUUUAUUUUUUUGUGUGUGUUUACAGUCGGUAGAGUUGCAGAUAUCCGGGCCUGUUUUUCCUCCAGAAUGUUCAGUAUGAAACACAACUUUAAGCAAGCGAGAUGCACCAUGAAGAAACUUUUAUUUUGUCAGUUCUGCUUCAUUUCACGCAAGGAAAAAAUCACGCAAAAACACGUCGAAUUAGUGCAGAACACCAGCCGAGAAUAACGGUGACGAUUUCAGCUCAGCUCACAAAGCUUUGCAUCUUAUUUCAUGAUCUCAAAUGGAUCUUUUUUUUUUCUUUUAGUGGCCACAAAUUAAAUAAUAAUUCACAAGAACUAAGGAAUUUUCCUUUUUUGGACUUUCAUACCACACCAUGAAGAAAUUUCCACCUUUGCUGAAUGUCUUUGUUCGCUGACAGCAGUUAAUUUGGACAGUUUGAAUUAUAAAAAAGGAAAAAUAUGUGUCAAAAAGUCCGUAGUUUGAGUGAAAUGUGAAGUUACAAACCUGGCUGACACCGGUAUUCUCCUUUUCUGAGGGAUUUUGUGGUUAAACAAUCUUGCUCUUGAUAAAUAUUGGUCAGAUCUGUAAGAUAAAUGAUGCUUUGUGAAUUUGUACAAUUUCUUUAUGUUUGGUUCGGCCAGACAAUGGAUGCCAUUGUUUUAUGUUGUGUCAUCUGAUAUUUUGUGUUUAGGUUCUUCUCUUUUUUUUUUCUUUUUAUUUCUUCUUUUCAUAUUGGCUGACAGGGACGCUGCCUUAAACUAGCUUUAAUGUUCUCAGCUAGAGCCCCACUCUCUGCGAGCUCAGAGAAAAGUCCUUAUUUAUUACCCAUCAUCCCCGCAAAACAACACCUGACCAACGCAGGGACAGAAAGCUAUCCAAUUACAGCCUGAAUAAUUCACUUUAUAUCAUCCCAUUUCUCAUCAAAUUUGGAAAAUGUAUGUAUAAAAAAGUAUAUAUAUUAUAUAUUCAUGUUGUAAAACAUCUGUACUAAAAGUUGUGUUUGAUGAAGAAGAAAAAAAAGAACAUGAGGUGCAUUUUUUUUCUCUGUGCACCUGUAUGAUCGCCAUGUUUCUUUAAUGCUCCCAUCAGAAGUUUCUUUCAUGUUUUUGUAUCGACUCUCCCAGUAGACGUUCAUUUCGGAUGAGAGAGGAAAAUUUUGUCGGUCACAAUCCAACAGGUGCUGAUUGUUCCCAACAACACGCCUGCCUAAACAUGGUUAAGUUGUCUUUUUAAAGUGUAAAUCUGAUAGUAUUUGUGUUUUAUUGCUUUUUUUUUUCUAAUUUUGCACUGUGUGUAAAUGCAAUCUUGCUAGCACAAAAAAAAUGUUGCCAAUAGUUGUCUCAACUUUGCCGCUGUAAAUGCUCUUUUCGUGCUCUGUUCCUCUCUCGCUCUCUUUCUCUGAUUGUAUCCCUCUUCAUGGAAAUGUUAGUUCUCUCUUUCAGUUCAUUGUGAUAUAUUUAGCUGCCUUUAUAUGCAAAUAAAAUUGCAAGAUUUUUACUUAUGAAA